AUGCCGGAAACCAUCGCAACCACCGACACCGACCCCAAAAUAGGCACCUUGAAUGGAGGAAGUGGAGGAGGAGAGGAGGAUGUCAAACCAAAUGUAGACAAUGCAUCACCGUCGCAGAGUGUGAAUAAUUCGGGCAAAGGCCAGGCGCAUGCGUCGCCGAAGAAGAGACGCAAAGUCAAUCAUGCGUGUGUGUAUUGUAGACGUUCGCAUAUGACAUGCGAUUCGGAACGGCCAUGCACUCGAUGCAUCAAACGCAACAUCGGCCAUUUGUGCCAUGACGAGCCGCGCGAGCCCACUAAGAAGAACAACCGCAGCGACCAUGAAGACAGCGCAGUCAUCGGAAAUGAAUUCACAAACUCGCACAAUCUGGCCGACGCGGGAAACCAACCCAUGCUAUCGGACUCGUCAUUGAGCAUUCGUCCGUCAACCAUCGACCCUUCGCAGGCCGUCCAAGGGAACAAUCAGCAGGUGUUUGGAUACAAUGCCGGCGGCUCAGGAGGCGGCGACUGGGCAAUGAACGGACAAAGCAAUGGGUAUCAGGACAUGCACACAUUUCAUCCGUCGUACAUGUUCAAUGCCCCUGAGGUCACUAACGAGUACAAUUUACUUGGCGAUUUCCUUAACAACAGUCUGUUGGACGACAACGGGAUGUAUGGCAAUGAAGAGCUUCAGGGAUUGUUCUCAGACUCUUCUCUGAUCAAUAUGAGCACGAAUAUCAAUCCCAAUGCGGCAUCAUUUGCUCAGCAACAGCAACAGCAACAACAGUUAGCACAACUGACGCCGCAGCAGGCAGCAAAUUCGCAAGCCAACGCAAUUCAACGGCCUGCUUCUUCCGCCGUCUCUACAGACAAGGCUCGCGAGAAUUAUUACAUGACCGCCGCAGAUCCAUCUGGUAUGGACCCUCCCGAAGAACGAAUGAACAAACUUCUCAAGGCCAAGUACGAAGCUGGAAUGCUGAGGCCAUUCAACUACGUCAAGGGCUAUGCGCGACUAAACCAGUACAUGGAAUCACACAUGCAGCCCUCUUUGCGCCACAAGAUCCUACGACAACUUGAUAAAUUCCGUCCCAAGUUUCGUGAACGAAUGCAUAGUCUGACCGAUAUUGAACUCGUUCUGUCUGAAAUGUGGUUUGAACGUAGUCUGAUGGAGUAUGAUCGAGUAUUUGCUAGUAUGGCGAUUCCGGCUUGUUGCUGGCGACGAACCGGCGAGAUUUUUCGUGGGAACAAAGAAAUGGCUGAGUUGAUUAAUGUGCCUAUUGAAAAUUUGAGAGAUGGCAAACUCGCUUUACAUCAAAUCAUCACAGAAGACCAACUCGUCAGUUACUGGGAGAAGUUCGGCGCCAUCGCAUUCGACGGCUCUCAGAAGGCGAUGCUUACCAGCUGUACGCUCAAGAGUCCCGAUGAUGACGACUCAACAAAAGGGAUACCAUGCUGCUUUUCGUUUACUAUUCGUCGCGAUCCAAAUGCCAUUCCUGCGCUCAUUGUGGGCAAUUUCCUGCCUUCUGAGAGGCGUCGUCAUCACUGA